AAACACCGCUGUACUGUACUGUGAAAUAAUUUUCUACAAGUACAGUAGGAUUUUGGUCCUACAUUAAAGUUUAAGUGAAAUGACAUUAAGAGACAUGGGUUUUCUAAGUUGGGGUUUAGUUUUGUUCCUGGCAGCUACGGCUUCUGCACAGACACAGUUUACAGCGUGUGUAAGAUUUACCGAACAGAGGCUCUGCCGUACCCUCGAAGCGACAGGCAGUCAAGUAGCAUGCUCAUUGGCAGGGACAAACGUUGACUGCGCAUUAAGACUGGCAAGAAAUGAAGUGGACUUCGGCGUAUUCACUGAGGAAGAAGUUCUUCUGAUGGGCCAGAGACAAAUCAACGUGAAUCAUGUUGUUGCCACUAUAAGGGAUGCUCAGAGGAUUGGUCCAACCGCAUUCGAAGCCGUGGCUAUAGUUCCAGCCACAUACUCCGGUGGUCUAACAGGUUUCGCAGGGGCGAGAUAUUGCCAUCCCGGUCUGGAUCAGACCGAACAGAGGUGGUCACCUAGAGUACUCAAAGGCAUGGAAUAUGUUGUCGGUGGUACAGAUCGUUGUCCCCAAGCAAACACAAACCAAAAAACUGCCGAAGAGAUGGAGGUGGAGAUCCUGAGCAAUCUUUUCGUGGGCGCCUGCCGCCCUGGACAAUGGAGCGCCAAUGCCACUGUGGAUGCCGAUCUUAAACGCAGAUACCCGAACCUGUGCUCCCUCUGCGGGCCAAACUCCAACUGCGACCGCUACACAAUCGACAUGGGCGCUCCCGUUCCUGGCGUCGACAAUAAUAAUCGUCAUAUACAGGCACUUGAAUGCUUGAGGAGAAAUUCAAACCAAACUACAGUGGCGUACGUCGCUUGGCAGCAUGUCGUAGAAUACUUUGGCACCCGCAACCCAGAUCAAAUCGCAAACUUCGCCGUCCUCUGUCCCGGUGGUAGCGUGGAGCCAUUACCCGCUAAUAUACUGGGUUCGAGUUCCACUGCGCCUUGUUCCUUUGUCAGACAGCCGUGGAAGUCAAUUGUUGCUAACUCUAAUGCCGCUGCAAAUCUCGUGACUAACAUGCGUAAUUGGUGGCCUCAAGGCAGUAACCCCGGCGGUUCAACUUGGCAAGCCACAUUGUUCGACGGAAUCAUAGGAGGAUCGAACGCCAGGGUAUUCUUUGAUGAUGUCAUGCCUUCUCCAACCAACUAUACGGCUGAGCUGCGCGUGAUGCCAACUAUCGACUCAACCGCCACUUGUAUCCCAUCACGCCGCUGGUGUGUGACAUCUCAAGAAGAAUUUCACAAGUGUUCCUGGGUACAAGCUGCAGCACAUUCGCUAGGAAUCCAGCCGCCGAUAUCUUGCGUAUCGCGGUCCAGUGUGCUCCACUGCUUAAAAGACAUUGCGGACAAUCUGGCCGACUUUAUGGCUAUUCAAGCUAAUUACGGAUAUAUAGCAAGACAACAUUACAACCUUUCCUCCGUGAAACUGGUUCAGAAUUCAUUUAACAACGAAAACAGCACUUCUCGGGUAGCCGCCUUCAUCAAAAACUCUCAAGCCAACGAAAUAACGCGGUUCGAGAAUUUGAGAAACAAGAGGGCAUGCUUCCCCGAAUAUGGAGGACUUGCCUACGUAGCCUUCGUUAGAACAGCUCAAGAGCGCGGUGUAAUCAGCCCGAACGAAUGCGACUACGCUAAAGCAGUAGGCGAAUUCUUCGAAUCUGCCUGCGCACCUGGAGCCAUUGACGCCGCUCACGUUAUUUCAGCAACUAACUACAACGCUACCAACCUAUGUACCGUUUGCAGACCAACCCAAUGGCAUACCCCAACCAACACUUCGCAAGUUUUCUGCGCAUGGGACCACCGUAACCAGUUCUUCGGCAACAAUGGUUCCUUAGCCUGUCUGGCUGACCCCAACACACAUGUCGCUUUCCUGCAGAUCGGCAACAUUGAAUCAAACCUCGCCCAAUUGAGUCUGCAAGCCAACCAGUUCCGCGCCCUGUGCCGCAACAACUCUCUGGCUGCCAAUCCAGGAGUGAACAUCGACUCUAAUUGCUUGCUGGCCCAUGUUGUUGAUAUGGAAGUCCUUACUAGACGAAACGACCCACUAAGCAAUGCUCUCAGCGUUCUUCUCGACAAUCUUGAGGACCAUUUCGGUUAUGCGGUAAAUGCGCCACUUAUAGACCUGGAGAUCUUCUCGCCAUUCGAUGGAGUUAGCAAUUUGCUGUUUAAGGACAGCGUUAUGGGUCUUGCCGAACCAUCCUCAAACUCUCAAAACGAAUUAGCUCGCAAUUACUUCGAGCUGUUUAAUCACCUGGACCGCUGCAAUGGCUCUCCUGGAGCUGCACCUGGAAUUGAGCGCAACUUCUUUAUGAUCAUCACUCUGCUUGUCAUGACUUUCAUGGCUCGUAUCGUGGUAUAAUUAUUUAGACUUAGAUGUGCAGGCUAUGUUGAAAAUUCAUAGCAACGCCCUCUGUUAGCAGAAUCAGGGAUUAAGUAAGGCAUUUUAUUAUAAUUUUGUAUCCCUUAUUCUGCAUGAUUGUCAAUCAACUAUCAACUUUAAGUUUAAACACAGUAAAACUCAGUUUCACUGCCGUGUGAAAUCGGGCUGUUAAACUACAGUCGCUACAGCCAACGUAAACGUUGCCGUAAUACGUUUUAUUUAACUCGUAGUGAGUUGCGUAGUUUGUGGAUUUAAUGAUGGCACUUCAUAUGGCUAGUUGUAUUUGCGUAUUCGGUAUAUUUGGCAAACAAUCACCAUGUGUGGAUAGCAUGUGUAACAAACUAUUUGUCUUGGCUGUCUGUUCGACAAAUACAGCAAACACCAAACACGAAUUACCGCGCGCUGUCUCGAUUUAACCAAAUACGCAAGCAAACCGUCCAUAUUACAGAACAAUAAAUACAGUGGAAGUGGUUAGUUAACGUCAGAUGCGUGACAUUAGGUCUCCUUAGAUCUACUUGAGGUCAGUCCACCAUUUUCACUUGGUAUGGUAUGGUUGUGUCAUUCUUUCGUGCUAAUUCUCUAAAAUCGCAGAAAAAUGUCCUAUUGUGCUGUUUUGGAGUUGCUAAAAAUGCUAGCUGCACGAAAAAUAUUACUCGCAGUAGUAUUUCAUAUCAUCGGUAAGGCUUAUUUUAAUAAAUUUUCAAUUUUCUAUUUAUCGAAUUUUUUUGUUACAAGAAACGAAAGUAAAGCUUUCAAUAACUCAAAUUCAUCGUCGUUCAGCAAUUAACCGCUAGAUGGCAGCACAUUGAUCGAAAUUUCUAUAUAAUAUCAAAACGUAGUAACUUCCAAUAAUAUGUAUUGGUGAUAUUGAACUUUCAACGGUAUGCAACAGGAUAGAGUUUAAAUUACAUUAACAAUCCAGAAUUUGUUAUUUCUUUUUAAAUUUGAUGCUACAACCAAUCAUUCAUACAAACCAUCAUCAAGAUUUCGUAGUGUUUCAAAAUAAGAAUUUUUAUAGUACUCGAAGCUUAAGGCACUAUGGUCAUAUAAUUUUUACCUCCUUAUUUGGCUUCAUGUAAAGUACAUUUGUCAAUAUUGGCGUGGUUGUUGUACGUCAAUUAUUUUUCUACGGCAACGGCACGUCAGACUACACAUUUCUGUUCGAAAAUAACCUCCAGUGCAACGGAACAAGAUACGUUAAUGUGUAGCUUGAUGUGUUGGUGUGUGUGCAACCACGUUCAACAAACACCCAAUAGCGAAUACGAACCGCUGCCAUAUGAAGUGCCGCCUUUUCAACAAACUUUUCUGGUUCCUAAGCCGUUGACAAAAAAAACUUCGAUACCAUUAGACAUCAAACUUCAGCCCGAAAAAUCUGGACGGCCGUCCAGCAACGCAGAAGCAGCUUUUCUACGAGGAAGUUAAUUAAUUAGGUUUUAAAAGUUUUUAUAUUUAGUUAUAUAGUAGCUAUUUCUCUAUGCAUUUUACAAGUUCAUAAGUUUAAUAGUAAACAGGAAUUUAUUAUUUAUAGUUAAUCGUUUUUUAAACUAUUGUUUUUGGUAAAUUUGUACUUCUUACGAACUCAACUUCCCUAUGCGGUUUUUAAUAAAGAAAUUUUAAA